UGAGGUUUGUUUCCCGCCGUGAAUAUUUACGCGACGGACGCUCAGCCCUAUAUAACAGAUGCAUGAGAAACGUUAAAAUGUAAUGUAAUGUAGUGGGGAUUAAAAUUUUCGUUUAUUUGAUUAUGAUAGAAAAAAAAGAGGUAGUGAACAAUGAUCUUUAGUUUAGAUAUGAUGUGUGUGGGGGGUUUGUUUUUGUAUUUUACCGGACAUUUUUGACAGGUUUCGGAGGGAUAAUUUAUAUUAACAUGCAGGUUCAUUAACUAAUAAUGACAAGAGGAAGCUUUUCUUUUUUUCUUCUUUGUUUUUAUGAAUGCGCAUUUUUCGUGACUUGGUGAUGGGAGUUGAGUAAUUUGCCGGUUUCAUUCGUGAAUCCUGACCCAUCUCUGUCACUCCGAGAUGCCGAACAACAGCAGUGCGGCAGUGAAGGCGAAGAGGAGCAGGCGCCGCAGCAGAGCUCCGAGAGAAGAUCCGGCUAGAAACGAGCUCGUCUCCAGCUCUCUCCAAAGCGCACAGCAAUGCCUCCUCCAGCAAGAUUACGGCACCGCGUUCGUCCACUUCCUCCUGGCCCUGAACCUCGUCCCGGCUCUCAAAGACCUGGCAAGGGACUCCUUCAGGUUCACGCUUUUGAGGUGGGCUGACGAGCUGGACACAAUCGGUCGCAUCCAGGAGCUCUUUGACUGCUAUGAGCAAGCGCUGGAGCUGUUCCCUAAAGACGAGGUGAUCGUCAACAGCAUGGGCGAGCAUCUUUUCAGGAUGGGUUUCAGGGACGAGGCCGCGGCGCAUUUCUACAAAGCCCUGAAACUGAAGCCGGAUUUCCCCGAAGCCAAGGAGAACUUCUACAGGGUGGCGAACUGGCUGGUGGAGCGCUGGCAUUUCCUAAUGCUUAAUGAUCACGGGCGAAAUCGAAAGUACCAGCUCGCUAUUCAGAGGGCGGUGCGGGACGGCUGUCGAACCGUUCUGGAUAUCGGAACAGGCACGGGCAUCCUCGGGAUGUGCGCGAAGAAAGCAGGUGCGAGCGAGGUGUACGCCUGCGAGCUGUCCAAGACCAUGUACGAGCUGGCGUGCGAGGUGGCCUCGGCCAACGGCAUGGCAGAUAACAUCAAGAUCCUACACAAGAAAUCACUGGAGAUGGAAAUCCCGAGAGACCUUCCCAACAGGGUGUCCUUGGUUGUCACGGAAACGGUGGACGCUGGACUGCUCGGGGAGGGAAUCGUCGAGAGUUUGAUUCACGCCUGGAAGCAUCUGCUCUUACCACCACCCAGAAGUUGCCAGAAUGCUGAAGAUGUUCCGCUGUCCAGUCCUUCCCAAACGGGUCGAGUCAUACCUGCCAGCGCCACCGUGUUCGCGAUGGCUGUGGAGUGCCAGGAGAUCCGAAGACACCACAGGCUGUGUGUGAGUGCAGUAGGGGGACUGGAUCUGGCUGCAGCAGGACACAUCCGCAGUCCUGUGAGGUGUUCGGGAGACGCAGAUGAGUCAUCGGAGCCGUACACCACUGAGAGACUGAGCCGUCUGCCUGGAGGCUUCGCUGCCCUCACAGAGCCCUGCAGGGUGAUGAAUAUCGACUUCAACGACCCACAGGAGCUGGAAGGCCUGUGUCUGAGGGAGGUGGCUCGGCUGCGUGUGCCGGUGAUACAGGACGGAGACGUUGACGCUCUGGCCGUGUGGUUUCAGCUUCACCUGGACAAGGAGAACAGCAUCUCUACCGGCCCGGACGAAGACACGUGCUGGGAGCAGGCCAUCUACCCAGUCCCGUCUCAAUACAGUGUGAAGCGCAGUGAUGAACUGCUGGUGGAAGUUUCCUGCAGAGACGCUUACCUGAGAGUAUCCUGUGCUGGGGUAACGAGCAGCAUGGACGAAGCUGCCUCUGCUGAAGUUCCUUCAAAUCCUGAACUGGAGCUCUGCAGCGCUCUGGCCGGCCUCCAGACACGCCAGGACCUUCCGUCUCGAUCGUUUACGCUGGAGUGUUCUGAAAUCGCACUUCUCAACAACACCAAUUAUCACGAGUGCUUCCGGAAAGCAAUGGCCAAACUUCUGUCCUUCUUCGAGUCACGUGGGUCAGAGGUCAAAGAGGAGACUUUUUCCUCCUCCUCAGGGCCGCUGUACGUGCUGGACGUCUCCGAGGGUUUCUCUGUGCUUUCUCUGAUUUCAGCGCAAUUAGGGCCGGUGCGAGCAUACAGCUCGGUGGAGAAGCAACAGCACCAAGCGCUCCUGCAGCUCCUGGCUCGGGAAAAUGGAGUUCACGAGGACGCGCUGGAGUUCUGGCUCAGCCAUGUGGAGGACGACUCGGCCGUGCUACAGAGGCCCGACUCGGAAAAGCUAUGGAGUGCCAUCGUGCUGGACUGCGUGGAGAUCUGUGGCCUGCUCAGACAAAACCUCAUGGAGAAGGCCAGCUUAGCCAGGUGUCUCCUGGAGGAAGGUGGUCGCAUUUUCCCCGAGCGCAUCGCGAUCCACGGCAUGCUGGUGGAAUCGGACACGCUGCUGCAGGAGAGCGCCGUGCAGGGAACGGAACCCACGCUUGGUUUCAACAUCGCUCCCUUCAUCAACCAGUUCACAGUGCCUGUUCACGUGUUUUUGGACCUGUCCACGCUGGAGUGCACACACCUCAGCGAUCCAGCCGAGAUGUUCAUCCUGGACCUCAUGGACUGCAACAACAACUACACCAGCAGAGACGUCCGGGUUCGAGUGAACACCUCCGGCAGAGUGACAGCCAUCCCCUUCUGGUACCACAUCUACCUGGACCCCGAUGUGUGUGUGAGCACGUUCAGGCCGGAUUCACACUGGAAGCAGGUGGCCGUGAUCCUGCAGCACCCCCUGGUGGUGAACACCGGCGACUGGGUCAGGCUGAGCGUCCAGUUCCACAAGAGCAGCAUCUCCGUUUCGGCCAUCAGAGAGGAGGAAGACGAGGCAGUCCGUUAAGGAAAAGAUUGUGGAGUCGAUCGAGUGAUGCCUCACGCAGGAAAGUGGUGGCUUUAUAGGAACUCGGUAAAGGAAGUGACAUCUUAUAAAAUAGCGGCGUAUCAAUUUGUACAGCCCUCCGUCCCUCACGUGAAGCGGACUGCCAUCCGAACACUGAAGCAUGUCCCUUUGCCCCUAUUCAAACACACCGUCUUUAAUGAAACUGCCUCAUGGGAUUGAUUUGAGUAGAAAAGGGGCGGAGCUAAAGAAAGAGAAAAAAAAAAAAAAAAGAAGCAUGCGACAUUGAUUGCAUGGCAAGAACUUUACAAUUAUAUAACUAUUACAGAUUUUAAAACUUUUUUUUUAUUACAGACUGUACAUUUAAGGCGAGGACAGGUCUUUUGAAGUACACGCAGCUUUUUUUUGUGUAAUUUCGGAUGGUAUUUAUCAUUGUGCUCUGAUUUGAAUCUUCUCUUUAUGUUAAAAGUGGUUUCAUUUCUAACCUACGGUGGCCUGUAAGUGCAAAACACAUGAAACAAACAAAAAUCAGACACCAACCUUAACUCCAAAUGUGAAGGGGAGGGCCUUAUUAAACAUCAAAUGCUCGCUUGUUGCUGAUUGGUUACAGCACAUGUCUGUGUGAAAGCUGUUUCUAGUAAAAGGAAAUAAACGAGCCUAAAUCUACUGAUGCUUUUAUCCAUGUUUCUUUUUAUCGAGGGCAUUCAUAUGACAUUCUCAUAGACACGCUGUUAACUCCAGUCAGCAACGAGCAUGCGAUAUGCUCUUAGAUAUAAAGAUAAAGGACCGCCCCUUUCCGUUUCGUAUUCGUGUUGAUGCCUUGUUAUGUUUAAUGGUGUAUAUAAAUUGUAAUAGUCAUGGUAUAACGUUCUACGCUGUGACUGACAUCCAUGCUACCCAGGUAACAGUAGCCAAUAACAGAGACGUACAGCUGUAAGACGAUUACACGGUGAAUAAUCAGGUGUUGGACUCGGUUACUGUUCCGCAGCAAACGUCGGCAAAACAGUCUACGUGAAGACGGGAACAUCUGUCAGGCAGGUCUGAGAACAUCUGUCAGAUUGUGAUUUAACAUCUUCAUUUCCCCUCCUCCCCAAGGUCUCACACGGAUAUAGUUUGGAUGUAAAUUCAGUUCUUUUUAAUGCACAUAUAUGUAUUUAUAUAAUUUUACAUAAUCUCAUUAUUUUUGUUUUGUUAAACAAAACAAAAAAAAAUCCAGUCCACUUCAUUUCAUCUCAACUUUUUUCUGUAUUAAAGCUCAUGUGCUCUUUUAAUGCCUCCAUUUUUACCCCGAAAGUCAUCCAUCAGCCAAGACAUGUUUCCUGUCCAGAAUUUGCAUAUUUAAUUUGUACCAGUGCUACAAAGCUAACAAGUAAAGGAAGUCUACAGCCUCCAUAUAAUCAAUCUCGCCUCAAACCAUCGUUGAUUCGGUAAUAACAUUUGUACGAGAACUGUUUCAUUGAGUAGCAGAACAGUUCUGUAUUACUGAACAGUUCUGUAUUUAUUUAAACGUGUAAGGUUUACUAACGUCCAAAUCACAUGACCCUUAACUCCACCUUUAAGCUGUAGGCCACACCUCCUACCGGAGCCUGGCACUCACUUUCAUACCCGACUACUAAGUGAUUCGACUUGGUUUGAUUCGAGUGUUGAUCUGGAGGCCGAAUGCUUUCUUCACUCAGAGGCAAAAUUCGAGGAAGCAGACAAACCCCCCCCCCCCUGAAUUUUACCACAGAAACCCCUAGGGUAUGACUACUUGUUUGUCCCACAUCUGAAAAUAACCCUCUCCUCCAUUUUGUAUUGAACCAGAAUGUCUACAGUCCCGCCUUCUUGUUUUCUAUUGGCUGAAAGUCAGUGUGGAAUGAAAUUAAUCACUAGCCGAAGCUAAUGUGCAACUUUCACAUCCAUACGUCCUUUCCCCUUCAGUGAACUGCUGUUCAAAAGUGUCUCCCAUAUUGCUUUAGUACAGGGACAAAAUCUGUAAAUGCUACAGCUACACUGUAAAUAUUGGCAGCUCUGCUUAGUAGUUAGCUACAUCAGGCUAUUAGCAAAGAUAAGUCUUGGCUAAUCAGAUAAAUUUGGGGUAAAAAGAACAUUUUAAGUACCUUUUCUUAGUUUAUAGCUGUAUGAAUAUUUCAGGUGUAAAUUGAUUCAUUAAAAUAAAAAUAAAUAAAUAAAUCCACCAUAAAAAUGGAAAGAAUAUAGAUAUAAUAUCCGUAACAGCGUAACAGGAAAUGAUGCCACACGUUUGCUCAGUGGCUGAGUGGGGAAAAAAAGCUUCAUGCAUUUUGAGUAUAUUGUGCAUUUCUUCAUAAAUGUGAUUUGCACAUUGUUCAGCUUUUUCUCAGGCUUGAAAAAAAAAAACAA